AUGGCGAGACCCAGUGCAGCAGCUGCCGGCUUACUUGCUUGCGCUGUCCUGCUCUUGUGUUCGCCGGCCAAAAGCGCAGCGAUAUUAUUCGACUUCCCAUCCUUCCCAUUCAUAGCCAUCUUUCCUGGCAUCUUUCCUUUAGGUUACGUGCAGCCGCCGCCAGUGAGGAUCUACAGCAGGCAGAACACUGGGCUGAACAUGGCCGUUCGCGACGGCAAAGUUGUCCUCGUCACAGCCACCUCCGGGGACGCAAAACAGCUAUGGUGGAAGAUCCCUGCUCCGACGAGCGUUGGCUACGGUUACUGGCUGGUGAACGUCGCUACGAGACAGGCCAUGACCAGCCCACCAGCAUACGGUCCAAUGCAGGUACAACUGGCAGAUUUCAACCCGUUCAUCAAUGGCAAGCAGUCGUUGUGGGUGCCGACCGCACCCCUGGACGGCGUCUUCUACCAGAUAAAACCAUACACGCAGUAUUCAAAGGCCCUCAACGGCUUGGGGGGCUACGCAUACGACGGGACGGUCAUCGGGAUCUAUUCUGACACACCAGCAUCCCCGAACACCUUAUGGGUCACUAGCAGUGACUGA